AUGAUAACUUUUGGGGAACCAUCGCCGGAUACAUCAUCAUAUACCCGGCAAAAACACAAAGAUUCCAUCAAAAAGUUCACUCCAGGUUUGUAAUUUUGUCUCAAAAAUCAAACAUAUGUAUCGGUUUUUUAAAGUUUCAGGUGAACUUUGUUGUGUUUGUGGAGAUACGGCAUCAGGUAUACAUUAUUCAGUUGCUGCUUGUAAUGGUUGCAAAACCUUUUUUCGUAGAGUUGUAUUAGAGGUGAGUUAUUUGAAAUUUAACUCAAAAAUUGAACAAAUUUCUGAACUUCAUUCACGAAAAAUCUAAAAAUUUCAGAACCGCACAUAUUCGUGUAAAAACAAUGGUGAUUGUAUAAUUGACAAAUCAAUGAGAUGUUCUUGUCGCCAUUGUCGAUAUAAAAAAUGUAUUGUUGCUGGUAUGGAUAGGGCAGGUAAGAAUUUUUAUUUUCCUAUUUCAAUAAUUCAAUAAUUGUUUUUAUGGUUCUUCAGACUCUUCAGAGAAUUGUAUCUGCUAAAAAUUAUUUUUAUUUAUAGAAUGAACUUAUUAUCUGAAAAGUGCUAAUAGGCUUGGUUUCUAGGAAUUUGAUAAACCCCGGUGGUAACAAUCUUUGAUCAACACGAAAAAUGAGAAUAUAUUUGAAGAUAAUAGACAACUAGUUGGGAAUUUUUAAUGCGAAAAUGCUUCUUGAGUACUUUUUGUUGAGAAAAAGUUGCAAAAAUUUAAAUCUUCCGGGGAAAACGAGAGUUCUGCAAAAUAUAUAACGAAGAAUUACAUACAAUUCAGAUUAAGAAAAAUUCUUCAUCAAAAAUUACAAUUUUUAAAAUAACCUUUUUAUAAAAUCCCGUAGGUAACUCAUUAGAAAUUUUUUCGCACAUUUUUUUUCUUCAGAAAAUUUAAAAAUCAUACCUAUCGGAUAUAUUGAUUGGAUUUAGUGGGCAUUUUUUGAGUAAUAUUCAAAGAAAAUAAUAUUUUUCUUCCUCAACUUUCUUCAAAGAUUUUAACAACGAGUUAUAUCAAAAUAAAAUUCAAGUCGUUAAAUGCACAAUUCUUAAAUUAAAAUUUUCACUUUCGGGUUGCGAAAACUGUGCGAAAAAAAUAAUGAUACAUCUUGAAUAAUGUGAAAACUUUUUCCAAAAAAAAGCAGGCAACCAAUUGUAUUUUAUUUCAGAAUUGAGUAUGGAAAGACGAAGAAAACGAAAAAAGAUGAAUGGAAUGGCCGAUGAAGAUAUUCAGGAAAUUGAAGUCAAAGAUCCAUUGAUAGAACUGUUAUUAGACAAAGAAACACGGUAUGUUGAAUAACACAUUUUUUUCAUCUUCAUCAAAAUGGAUUAAACUUACAGAUAUCAAAGUCUUCUGAUUUCAAGUGAGAUGAAAAUUCAUACGACUUUACAUGAAGCGUUGAAUAAUGGUCAGAAAGCAUUCGAUGAAGCUUAUACAAAGGUUUGCAUUUUAUUUUUUUCAAAAAAAAUAUCCGGAAAAAAUGAACAUCUUUUUUUCAGUUUGCAAAACGCAUGGAUCCGAAGUACCCAACAAAUUUUUCAUUUUGGCGAGCAAAAAUUUUGAGUGUUCUUGCUGAAUGGGCAAAAUCAUUUGAAGUCUUCUCACGACUUGAUCGUGAUGAUCAAAAACGGUUAUUUAUUCAUACGGCUUUUUCGAAUUUGGUGUUAGCUGAAGCUUUUCAUACACCAGAAAAAUAUACGGAUCGAGUAGUGUUUCCAGAUGGAUUGUGUGGGUGAGUAAUUGAAUUUUAAAAUUUCAAGAAUUAAAGAAGGGGAAAAGAUAAAUAUUACUUUAAAGAUGCUUUAAACAGCACAACUGCAAAAAAUUUCACAGAAAUUUGAAAUUUAACAUCAUCCUAUGUGUGUGUUGGGAAAAUUUUUAAGUCCAAACAAAUGUAUUCAUAAUUUUUCACACACAAUCCUCAUAUUCUUGUUCAUACAUGAAUUCAGUUCACUGAUUGAGCACUAUAAAGCACAUAGUCUUGUCUGAAAAUCUUUAAAUGCCCUUGAGAACAACACAAUUACAACCGCCGCCGAGAAAUCUGAUUUUGCUUGAGAUCUCGACUAUCUCAAGGUUAUUUUGACCUCAUUUGAAUGUUCUUUGAUGUUAAAAAAGUUUUUGAAAAUCAUCAUUGGAAGUUUGCAAAAAUAGAUUGCUUGUUCAGAUUUCGAAAUGUUGCACAAACUGUUGCUAGCGAUGCAGUGGCAAAUCGAACCUUUGGAUUGACUCCAACAGUUGUUGCAGUUAUAAAUGAUAUUCUUGUACCGAUUCGAAGAAUGCGAUUGACUCGAAUUGAAUAUGUCCUUCUUCAGGCAAUAAUAUUUUAUGAUCCAGGUGAGAAAGGAAAUGUUUUGAAACAAAUUGAAUUAUGUUAUUUAUACAUUUUUCUUUCCCCAUUUCCAAGUUUGAUAGAUGACGCAGGAGAUUUUGCGCGCGCAAAAUCGAAUUUCUUUCAAUUAUAACAUCUUACUUCAAAAGUUUUCUACCUACGGAAAUCAAAAACUGAUCUAAUUCGAAUUGUUGUUUCAGAUUGUUUAUCGCUUACGAAUCAUGCAACACAGUUAAUUGCUGCAAAACGUCGUCGAUUGCUUGAUUCCCUUCAAAGAUAUCUUCGACAACAAUUAAAAGAUCCAAUUGAAGCAUCGACAAGAUAUGCGGAAAUAUUAUUGAGAAUUUGUAAUGUUCAGGUGUGUAAAAGAAAAACAAACACACACAAAAACAAAAUAGAAAUUCAGAAAUAUUUGGAAUCAAUUCACACUUGAAUUGAUAAUCAAAUUAGAAAUACGGAUUUUUUUUUAUUAUUUCUUAUUGUUUUGGAAGUGACUUUUGAAAAAAAAACAAAUAUCAUAACAAAAAGUAUAUUUCUGUAGGAGUGAAUUUUUGAUUUGAAUUCGUCUAAUGAGAAUUUCGAAGAUGGAGAGAAAGAGAGAUGUUACAAUAUGAAAUUUGUUUGAAAAUUUAUAAUCUAGAAAGUCACACUUGCUGGACAGAAGUAUCCAACACUCUCAAAAAAUUUUCAAUUUUGAAAUUAGUGAUAAAAAUGUAAAAUGAAUAUAUACAUAUUUCCCGUGAAGUUGAAACAAGAACACAUAGAAAAUUGAAAACUAAAACAUAUAAUAAUCCUAUUUUUUUCAGAAAGUUGCCGCUUUCAAACGUGAAACGCUGUGUACAAUCGAAACUUUUGAACUCAUGCAACCUCACCCUUUCACAAUGGAAAUAUCAAGAAGUUAUCCAGAUUUUUCAUAUUUUUAA